AAAAAACACGACAAAAAAAAGAAAAGAAAAACCAAUAAACGCAAAAGGAUAAACUUUUAUCAGCCAGAAUAAUCCGCACAUCCGUCGUCUUCCUCGCCGGUCAUGCUCGAUAACAAUCAAAACCCAAACUUUUCCAGAGACACCAUCUCUGAAUCGCGUCCACGAAGCUCAAAAGAAUCUCUCCGAUGAGUUUACUCUGUAAUUCGCUAGAAACCCUAUAUCAAAAACCCUUCUUUCCCCAGAAAUCUCACUUCUUUUCAUUCUCCGAUGCAAAAUCCCCAAUCCCUAAAUUUGCCGCCUUUCCGCGUCGUCGUCAAUAUCCGAUCAAAUCAUGCCUCAAAUCAGCUUCGUCGUCGGAAAUCGAUAUGGUAAAGAACAAAGAAGGCGUGUUCGCUCCAAAGGAGAAGAAAGUAGUCGUCUUAUGGGACCUCGACAACAAACCACCACGCGGUCCACCGUACGAGGCAGCGACGGCUCUCCGACAAGUCGCGGAGAAACUCGGCCGAGUCGUCGAGAUCUCCGCAUACGCGAAUCGCCACGCUUUCAUCCACUUGCCUCACUGGGUCGUCGAGGAGCGUCGCUCGAGGAGGAACCUCGAUUUCGCCGAGAGGAAAGGAGAAGUGAUUCCGAUCGAUCCUUACAUCUGCGGCGUGUGUGGCCGGAAAUGCAAAACGAAUCUCGAUUUGAAGAAGCAUUUCAAGCAGCUUCACGAGAGGGAGAGGCAGAAGAAAGUGAAUCGGAUGAGAUCUCUGAAAGGGAAGAAACGGAAAAAGUUUAAGGAGCGUUACGUUUCCGGGAACGAGAAGUAUAACGAGGCGGCGAGGAGGCUGCUCACGCCGAAAGUUGGGUACGGGCUUGAGGCGGAGCUCCGGCGAGCUGGUGUUUAUGUGAAGACGGUGGAGGAUAAGCCACAGGCGGCGGAUUGGGCUGUGAAGAGACAGAUACAACAUUCGAUGACACGUGGGAUUGAUUGGUUGGUUUUGGUAUCGGAUGAUAAGGAUUUUGCUGAUAUGUUGAGGAAAGCAAGAGAGGCUGAUCUUGGGACUGUGGUGGUUAGUGAUUGGGAUAGAGCGUUGGGGAGACAUGCUGAUUUGUGGGUUCCUUGGAGUGGAGUGGAGAAUGGGGAGAUUGGUGAAGCGGAUUUGGUUCCGGGGAAGAGACGGCGGUUUGAUGAGGAGGAGGAGGGUGGAUUUGGCGGCGGAGAUGGGUUGUUUUCGUUGUCUUAUGAUGAGGAUGAGACGGCGGAGAUGACGGUGGAGAGUGAUGGGUUUGGGAGGUUUAAUGUGUCUGCGUUUGCGGAAGAUGAGUGGGUGGAGGAUGAUGAAGACUUUGCGUUGAGUGAUAGUGAUGAUGAUAGUGACGAUGAGCUCUGCUUUUGAUUCUUUGGUGAUGAUUGAUUAAGUUACAUUUUCUUAAUGUUUAUCGGUUUAGGAACUAAACCGGAAAAUGAGAGCUCUCUGGUUGAUACAUAAUUGGUUGAAGCACAAUAUUCUGAAAUCAAGAGUUUAGACUUAUAUUGUUGAAUGAGUUGAUCUCUGAAAA